AUGAGCCUUCCACGGGUCACAGCUCACUUCGUCAGGGAGAGCGAGAGUGCAGUAGCACCUGGAAGGCUAACAACAUUUGGGGGUUUUUGGGCGGAUAGAACUCCCGUUCAUGAAGCAGCUCGGGGAGGAGAGAGCGUGCAACUGCAGGAGCUCAUACGAAAUGGAGCUUGCGUCAAUCUGGUCACCUAUGACUCUAUCACGCCCUUGCACGAGGCCAGUCUGCGCGGCCAGACGCAGUGCGUGAAACUCCUGCUGGCUGCAGGAGCCCAGGUGGACGCCAGAAACAUUGAUGGCAGCACACCGCUCUGUGAUGCCUGUGCCUCUGGGAGCAUCGAGUGUGUGAAAGUCCUGCUGUUCCAUGGGGCAAAGGUCAACCCUCCCCUCUACACUGCCUCCCCCCUCCAUGAGGCCUGCAUGAAUGGCAGUGCAGACUGUGUGCAGGUUCUGAUCAACGCUGGAGCAAACCUGGAGGCCCACGACUGCCACUUCGGGACCCCUUUGCACGUGGCCUGUGCCAGAGAGCACCUGGAUUGCGUGAAGCUGCUGCUCAACGCAGGUGCCAACGUGAAUGCGGCCAAACUUCAUGAGACCGCCCUCCACCAUGCCGCCAAAGUGAAAAACGCCGACCUAGUGCAGAUGCUGGUCGAAUUCGGUGGGAAUCUCUAUGCCAGGGACAAUCGAGGGAAGAAACCUUCUGACUACAGCUGGAACAGCAGCCAGACCACCAAGUGCUUUGAGUAUUAUGAAAAAACACCCCUGACCUUGUCUCAGCUCUGCCGCCUCAGCCUCCGGAGAGCCUUCGGCCAGCAUGCCCUGGAGAGAAUUGCCACACUACAGAUCCCCCGACGGUUUAUUGAGUUUCUCUCCUACCGAUGAUAAUAGAAGGAAAGGUACCAUUGAAAGGCCACAGCCUUGCACUCGGAAACCUCGGCUACUGGCAUCUUCCUCGGGCAUCCUCUCCUAUGUUUGAAUGCCGUGGACGUACAUACUCUGGGUGAGCUGCCCAGGAUUCAAGGAAACCGUUUGUGGCCUGAGUCUCGAGUGUUGCUAUAGCGCUUUGCUGCUGGCUGAAAAGGCCCCACAAGGACUUGAGUGUUUCUUGCCUUGCUCUUGUAAAAUAUGUCCGUCCUUAUAUUGUACAGCUGUGACUGAGAUCAAUUGGCUGCUCAUUCUUGAGCCCAUGAUUCCCAGCUCAUUCGUUUAACUACUGACACCACACUUGUCCCCAAGGUGACCCCAGGGGGGUGCUGCAGGACCAGCCCAAGCUAAUAGGCAUUCUAGACACAGAGUGUGUGGUAUAGUGGUUAGAAUAUUGUACUGGGAUCUGAGAGAGCCAGGUUCAAAUCCCCCACAAGGUUUCUGCUUGGCAUUAGGCCUAUCUCUCAUCUAAUCUACCUCACAAAGUUGUUGUGAAGAUGCAGUGGGGUGUGCGCCUGAAAAAGUUCCUGCCCCGCCGCUUUUUUCACCCAAUGGGAGGGGGGAGAAUC